CUGCCAGAUUGUCAAACAUUCAAACAACUGCAACCGCCAAAACAUCUCAACGAGCCAAGUGGCGUUGAUGUGUAUUUCUUUUAACUCCCGUGAAAUUUGUCACCUUGGAUUUCAACGUUUGGCUUUGUAACAUACCAUAUAACAAUGGGUUCGUUAAAUAGCAAAGUUUCGCCAUCUGCUGAAAGUACAUCAGCGCAGGAUCACGAACCAUAUCUUGAUCCACGUUCACCAACACUCUACAUCAACAGAAGCCCUACCAGCCAGGAGCAGACUGAUGUUUCACGUACAUCGAUUACUAAAGCGAAAGAUCUUACAUCUGUGCUUACGGAACCAUGUGCAUAUGCCCUCCAGACGCCGAGCAACCUGUUACCAAAGCGGUUCCAAUCCAUCAUUGACCCACGAUCGCCGAGCACAUUUAACAGAACUCCGCUAGUUUUAGCACCGGAAGAUGCUGGUGAUUGCUCUUUGACUAACGUGGUAUCUUCACUAAGCUAUGAAGAGUGUAACAGCGCAAUGGUAGAAGACAAUAAGGAUGCAUCGUUCAAAGAUUGCAUCCCUCAAAUGCCCGAUUUAUGCAAUCUUCAAAUCGAGUACGACGAAACGGCACCGAUUAUUGAAACAAUGACGGACGUAAGAGAAAUAACCAUAUUCGAGGAUGCUGAGGUUAUACCCUUCACAGGUAACGAUCCCCGUUCGCCGUCCAUUGCGAUUGCCCGUACCCCAAUGGUGCUGGCUAAGCAGGACAAUGAUGAACAAGCAAAGAAUCAGGCCCAUGGACUGCAGGUAGCGGAUCUACAAGCACUCGAAGGUGACUUAAAGGCGGAGGUUGAAAAACAACAACACACCCCACAGCAGGGUAUGCAGGACAACCAUAACCGGGGAGAGCAAACGCCGAAAAAGGAUAAAUUAACACCGAGGACGGGCAACCGUACGCCCUUAGGAUGUGUGACCAACAUUGGUACGGUAUCGAACAACAUACGCAAGAUGGCUCUCAUUGGACAGACAAAGCAGAUCAUGGUUGCCGACGAUCAAAAAUUGCUACCCCGCAGUGGAAACAUGGGCAGUGCGGAAUUGAACGCAUCGUCCAAACAAAACAAUCGCUCUCGAAUCCCCAAAUUAAGGAUGUCGUAAGCAAAGAAACAAUUCCUUUUCAUUUACUAUUUUAUGUGUGCUUAUUGUAAGGAACUCGAGUUGCGGUUUUGAUGAAUAGAACUAAAUGAAUAAACGAAUGAAUAAUAAAACAAUCAACGAACUA